AUGAGAUUAGGACAUAAUGAAAUAAUGAUAACGUCAAUGUACUUUGAUGACAUUAAUGAUUUUAUUAAUUUAGAAAUAGGAAUUAAAAAGUUUCAAGGAAAUAUGGAACGAUUUCAUUUUAAUCCAAUUCCUUUAAAUGAAUAUUCAAGAAGGUUAUUUCCUAAUAUUGAAACACUACACUUGUAUAGUAAAGACGAUGAAGUGUUUAAAGAUGGAAGAAUAUUUAAAUAUAUAAUAUGGUAUACAAUUAGUUAUUCAACAUAUUUAAAAGAAAAAGAAGAAGGGAGUGUAUAUAAAAAUAUAGAAUAUACACAAUCAGAUAGAGAGGAACAUGGAAAUAUAAUACCACUAGAAGUUAAGUCACUUGGGUGGAAAUGUUUUGAAUACACUGACAUAACAUCAAUUACUAUACCAAAAACAAUUACUAAAAUACAAUGGGACUGUUUUAGUAAUUGUUCAUUAACAUCAAUUACUAUUCCAACAACGGUUAGUGAAAUAGAAGAUAGUUGUUUCGACAGAUGUUAUUCAUUAAAAUAUAUUAAUAUACCAUCAACAAUUAGUGUGUUAGGGGUUGAGUGUUUUCAAAAUUGUCUGUCAUUAACCAAUAUGAGUAUAGACAAUACACAAUUCAUAAGUAAAGAAAGAAUAUUUAUGAAUGAACCAGUGUUAGUUAGAAUUGAAAUACCUGAAUGCUUAGAAAUGAUAAAUGGAAAGACUUUUGAAAAGAAAGAUAUUAAUGAAUUUAUUAUUCCUUCAUCAAUUACUAAAUUAGGAAAUCACUGUUUCAGCGGAUGUUCUUCAUUAAAAUCAGUUGAUAUUCCAGCAUCAGUUAGUAAAAUAGGAUGGAAUUGUUUUUGUGAAUGUUCAUCAUUAAAAAAGAUUAAGAUUCCAUCGUCAGUUAGUAAAAUAGGAGAUUAUUGUUUUGAAAAGUGUAUGUCAUUAAAAUCAGUUGAUAUCCCAUCAUCAGUUACUGAAAUAGGGUAUAAGUGUUUUUAUAAUUGUUUAUCACUAAAAACAAUUAAUAUUCCAACAGCAAUUAUUAAAAUAGGGGAUGGAUGUUUUUAUAAAUGUAGGUGUGAAAAAAGUUUAAAGAAAAAUAAAAGAAUACCAGAAAAUUGUUUUAAUAAAUAUUACUGA